UUACUGUCCUCAGUAGCGAUAGCAGUGAUGUGGUGUCGGAUAGGCGGAGUCCCGGCGGGGUGGUUUGGCUGCUAUUACAGAUGUAUGAGCGCGUUACUUAUCAGUGAAUGUGGGCAGUGGUAACAUCCUAAAAGGGAAGACAACGUAAAUAUACGAUUGAAGAAAACGAGGAACCAAAGUGCUAUUUUCUUGGCGAGACGGGGGACGCCUGCAGCUCAGCACGGCCAACAUGGCGCUUACGGCCGGCGUAACUCGGUCACUGCGGGUUUUGAAAAAUCGCAGCGCCGCCGGAUUGUGUUUCAGUCCCUCUUACAGGUGGCUGUCAACGGCGGCAGCUGCACCCAAACCAGCCGCAAAACACAUGCCACAGUCCCAGGAAAACAGAAAACCGAGAACUGGUAUUCUUAUGCUUAACAUGGGUGGACCCGAGAAACUUGACGACGUGCAUGAAUUUCUCUUCCGGCUUUUUAUGGACAGGGAUUUGAUGACGCUUCCAGUGCAAAACAAACUAGGGCCUUUUAUUGCUAAGCGGCGAACUCCUAAGAUUCAGGAGCAAUACAGCAAAAUUGGUGGCGGUUCCCCUAUUAAAAAGUGGACCACGCUGCAGGGUGAGGGGAUGGUGAGACUCCUGGAUGACAUGUGCCCUGAAACAGCUCCACACAAGUUCUACAUUGGAUUCCGGUAUGUUCAUCCAUUGACGGAAAGCGCCAUUGAGCAAAUGGAGAGGGAUGGCAUAGAGAGGGCAGUGGCCUUUACUCAGUACCCACAGUACAGCUGCUCCACCACAGGCAGCAGCCUGAAUGCAAUCUAUCGCUACUACAGUAGCCGGGGAGAAAGUCCCAAAAUGCAGUGGAGUGUGAUUGACAGAUGGCCGACUCACCCACUGCUCAUUGAGUGCUUUGCCCAACAUAUUCUCAGCGAACUGGAGAAGUUCCCACCAGAGAAGAGGGACGACGUUGUGAUCCUCUUCUCAGCCCAUUCUUUACCCAUGUCUGUAGUCAACCGUGGCGAUCCCUAUCCUCAGGAAGUGGGAGCGACAGUUCAGAGGGUGAUGGAGAGACUGCAGCACUGCAAUCCCUAUCGCCUGGUGUGGCAGUCCAAGGUAGGCCCAAUGCCGUGGCUGGGUCCACGGACGGAUGAGGUCAUCAAGGGCCUGUGUCAGCGGGGAAAGAGGAACAUCCUACUGGUGCCGAUCGCUUUCACUAGUGACCACAUCGAGACGCUCCAUGAGCUGGAUAUUGAGUACGCCCAGGUGUUGGGGGAGGAGUGUGGGGUAGAAAAUAUCCGAAGGGCUGAGUCUCUAAAUGGAAACCCACUGUUCUUUAAGGCUCUGGCCGACCUGGUGCACUCUCACCUGCAGUCCAACGAACCCUGUUCGCGGCAGCUGACCCUGUCCUGCCCGCUGUGCGUCAACCCCACGUGUGGGCGGACAAAAGAGUUUUUCACCAACCAGAAGCUCUGAACAUGGUGUCCUGAUUGUAACGUAGAGAAAAUGGAAGCCCUAGGAACAGCACGCGAAGUAGCUAUAGACAGGGACGGAUUAUGGGUUGUGUGGGCCCCUGGGCAAAACGUUCGCGAGGGCCCCCCCCCCCCCACCACCACCACCACCACCACCACCACAACCACCACAAUUCAAGGGCCCUUGGCAGCCAAACGCCCUUCCUAUAGGGUCAGGGGCCCUUGUAGACAGAGGAUCAAAGAAUGUAGGCCCUCUAAAAUAGACAAACGAAAAUACAUUAUUGAUAAGCGUUGCAAAUUGUUUUGGGCUAGGGGCCCCACGGGCCCCUGGGCAGCGGCCCCGCUGGCCCGGUCCGUAAUCCGUCCCUGGCUAUAGAUCUCACUCGCACUUCUGGUCCCCGCUUUUAUGCCAGUCACUGUAUGAAAACCACUUUCUACCAGAAAUGAAAAACUGAUAUAAAUACUUUUCUUACAUGCUCUAAUGAGAAAGAAAUGGAAAUAAAACUACAUUGUUGUCUUUUCUG